AUGAAAUAUCAACGGUUCAAUUUUGGCCCUUUAAAAUCAUGGAUAAAUUAUGAUAAUAUUAAGAUUGAUGUCAACAAAGCAAGCAUUGUUCAAAAACCGUUUUUUACUAAUCCUAUGAACGAUAUGUUCACCACAUUGAGCACUCUACUGCCAAAAUUUCCACGCCCGGAUUUCAGUGAAACAAUGUGGAAACUACACACAAUUGUUAGUGAAUAUUUGAAAGAAUUGAUGCGACGACAACGUACGCUCCAACGACAACGUACAGGCAGGGACGAGAACGAUAUCUUCAAAGCGAUGGACUUGUUGAUGAUACUUUGGGGCCCAUUGGUCGGACACAAACUGCCGGAUGCGUACAAAGUCCAGAUAAAUGCACUUAUUCAGUUUUAUUUAAAAUAUAAACAUCUGGCUAAUCGAACACUCGCUCACGAAUUAUUUUGUAGCAUUAUAAACAAAAUCGGUAACUAUGAUUGUGACAUUGUCUUCUCGUUGGAACUCAAAUUUUGGCCUUCAGUUGUUCUGCCAUUUCUCAAACGAAUUAAAAAUAGUCCAAAUUGUCGAUUAUCAGCAUUGUACAAGGAAAUAAAGAGAACAAACAUGCAUGUGGUGCCAAAAGGAUCUGCACUUCAUGAUUCUUCCGUAUCGGAAUAUGAAUUUCGUCUCUCAUUCUCAGCACUCGAAUAUUUAUUGUUCCAACAACGAAGUGAAACGGAACAGUCUCUAGCUAAGAUCGCACGGAAUAUUUAUUACACAUUUUUGAAAGAUAAAACAGAUAUAACCUCCUAUUUCGCCAAGACAAUCGUACUAUGGAUGUGUGAAGAGAUUGAACUGGAAACCGAUGAUGAAGUUCUGGCUAAUCAAUGGAUCUCAUUUGCAUGCACAAAAUUACAAGAAAGAUAUUGUAAACAUUACUUCGUGGAAAGUAUCAAUAUUCUUGACCCGUAUUUGACAGAAGAACUAAGCAAAGCUCAAUACAUUCUCGAAAAUGAUUUUGAUUUCGGGAAACUGAAGACGCCACAAAACAAACGAACAUCAAAAAUUGACUUACAACACAUUGACAAAUUUGUACCGUGGAUCGAACAACUAAAUGUUCAAGAUGUCCUUGCGAUGCUUAAAGAUUGGCGAAUACUGAAAUGUCUCCACUUUCCUUAUGAAAAUAGUCUGAAUCCGAUCAAUGAAUGUUUAAUAGUACUGAAUGCUUUAGCAUUACUUGGUGAUGAUCUCAUGGAUUGGGAGCGUAUUUUACUACGUUCAACAACAACAGAGCGAGUAUCUGGCGCUGAUAAAUUCCAAAAACUUUGUCAAGAAAAUAUGCUUUCGCCCAUAACUUUUUCCUAUGGUACACUAAUAUCGUUAAUGCUGUUAACUCUCUUUAAAGCUAUGACGAGUGAAACGUUUUCUGCCGAUCUAAAAAAUGCAGAUGAGUCAAUUGUUAUAAGAAUAAUCGAUGUUAUACUCAAAGCUAAAAUAUUUACGAUUAGACAAGAGUGGUAUGAGCCGGGAAUAAUUGAUUUAUUACAAAAACAAGCGCCAUAUAUAUCAUCAAUACUAUCACAUAUUGACGUGGAGCAGAUAAUGAAGAUAAAAGAUCUAAAGGUGUUCGAUGAUUUAUUUCCCGCAGCACCACCGCCACUGGAAAUACAUGAUCACGAUGAUGUAGAGUCUCAAACGGCUGUUUUGACAAUGAGAUUAUCUUUGAUAAUGAGUAGACAGUAUCAACAACCAACGUUUUCAACAUUCAAAGCUAACAAUUUGAAUUUAUUGAUACUAGAUUUUGUUUCAUCAGAGAGUGAAGAUUUAUUUAAAAAGAAACUUUUGGAACGCUUAAUCCGAAAUGGAGCUGUUGAUAGCAUCGGUUUAAUACGUAAUUAUUGGACGGUUCAAGUAUUUUCUCCUUCCACGCUCGACUCUGCAAUUGCGUACAAUCAAACUCAUGUAAGAAGUAAAAAAUAG